CCCUCCCCCACCUUCUUCUUCUUCCAUCGAGAGAGAGAGAGAGAGAGAGAUGUACGUGACAAGGCCUCUUUCAAUGUACCGGGAAUCUCCGAGCACCCUUUCAAUGGAGCCACCUGAUGCUCCGUAUUCUGGUUAUCUUGUAAUUACUGAUGAAGAGGCAGAAGCACAAGAUUCAUUUUGUUGGGGUAUAUGCAAGCGCAAGAAAGUUAAGAAGCUGCCAUUUCCUCAAGAUAAGUUCCUGACCAUUUUUCAUUCAUCCGAGUAUGGAGAAACAAAAGCCACUAAGGUUUGGCUUCUCCCAGUUCUUGAUAAGCCUCUGUCUACUAACAGGUACUAUGUUAUCAGGGCAAAAGGCAAGUACAAAGGGAAAGCAUGCAGAUGUUCAAGAGCGGAGGACGUCAUGGCAUGUUGCUUCCGUGACAUCUUGAUGGAGAAAAAGCCAAAACCUUUUGAUAUCAGUGACCUCUACCAACAAUUCAAGAUUCAUACCCAUCAAAGCGGUGGCUUCUUUGCCAAGUCUAUAGCGCCUGAUGGCAUCCCUCCAAAGCUUCUAAGAAGAAAGGGAUGGAAAGUUCGCAGCUCGACUACUUUUUAUGAUCGGCUACGAUUAGGUGAAGCUCUAGGCCUUGACGCCUCCCUUCGAGCACUUCUCCCGGAUUUCAAUUUUCCCAUCUUUAGAAGGCGGUCAGCUUCUGUUGCCGUGGGGAAAUGGUUCUGUCCGUUUAUAUUUGUGAGAGAGAAAGCACGACCAAAGCAACAAAUGAAGAAGUCAAUGUUUUAUACCAUGACUCUUGAGCAGAAGUGGGAAGAAAUUUACUCCUGUGGGAAUGUUAAUGGCGAAGACAAUGUUGUCAUUGUGGAUGUAGAUGUGCAAAGAGAAGUCACUUUUGUUGCUGGCAAGGAAGCCAUGAGAGAUGACAGAAAUGGUCAUAAUAAUGGGUUCGUUUGGUUUAAGGUACAUAACCCAAAUGGCAGGGGAGGGGGGGUGGGAGUGGGACUAAGUUCAGCAAUUGUGGAGAAUAUCAGAUGGGUGGAAGAAGCAGGAGGGUGGGUUAAUGGGGCAGAAAGAGAAGUUAGAGUGGAGAGGGUUGAACAAAUUACAAGUGCGAGUGAGUGGGACAGAUUUGGUUGUUAUGUGCUGGUGGAGAGUUUUGUUUUGAGGAGAAUGGAUGGAGGUCUGGUGCUGAAAUGGGAUUUUAGGCACACUGAUAGGAUUCAAUGCAAAUGGGAAUGCAGUUUCUGAAGAACUUCCACACAUAUAUAUUGUACAAAAACUUGUAAGCCUUUGUAAGUAAUGAAUCCUCUAUAUGGUGUACUAGUGUGAUAUUACUAACAAUGGAUUUGGUAAUAUUAUUAAGUUAUGAUUAUAAUG